GGCAAAGGAAAAUGCGUUGUUAUUCCAGAAAUAGAGUUGUGGGUCUUCUAUUGUUCUAAGUUUCAGUGCACCUUUCUACUUACUACUGCUGAUCUCCGACGUGAAGGGUUUACUUAGUUUCCAUCAAACAUAUGUAUGUAUAUAAAGAUAUUAAACACCGAACUCGCCGCUAUUUUACAGAAGAAAUCCAUUUUCGGGUAUUCUAACAGAAACAAAGGAGGUUUUCAUUUCUUCUCUACGAGGAUGAAUUGAAAGUUUACAUAUACACAGUCGUAGUUAUUAAAUUUAAUAGUUUUAAUUUAUUCGCGAUGGGUCAUUUUGCUUACUCUUAGCGCUGACUUAGGGCUUUAUUUAUUUUGGUCACUAUUCUUCGAAAUACAUCAAACAUCAUGAGGUUCUGUUUAAUGACAGCAUAGAAUAAAUGUCAAGUUGCAAUCAUUCUGCAUAAAUAAACAAAUAUAAAACCUGCUGCUAGUUCGUUACAUCAAGAAAUAAAAAGGAAAAUUUCUGUUUAUUUAUUUUAUUAUUGUACUUCAAUGGAAGAGAUGCUUAAUAUAAACAAAAAUUUAGCAAAUUAACUCAUUUUCAAAAAUUAUUGUGCAGAAGUUACACUUAUAAUAUACAAUGUAUGUACAUGUGCAUUCAUAUAUGUAUUUGGAUUAAACUGAACACAGUGUGUUAAAUUUUACUAAAAUCGGUUCCUACUGAAGUUUACUUCGGACAAUCAACAUGAGACUAAACAAAUACAUCCCUUGUAUUUCCCGGCCUUUCCACAUCAUUACACAUUUCAUUGGUUUCAAAAUACUAUUGGUGUUAUAGAACAGCCUUUUGAAUUGAUCUAGUUAAAGGAAACUAUGAAUUUAACGUUAAAUAACAUAUUACGUCAUAUGGCGUCAAUUAUUAAUAUAUAUGUAGAAUUGUACACAUUUGUGAAUAUGUGAUACAUUGUGAUUGUGACUUCUACAUUAACAUUUGCACUUGCAUUAAAUAUAGGUGAAUUCUAUUAUAAUUUAUUAAUAUUUAUUACAAAUUUGAACCAAUAUGAUUUGAGAUUUCCCAGAAGAGGCGCAAUCAGAGCACAAUUCCACUUCAAUUGAAAAAUUAUUGGGUAAAGUUUUUAUAUAUGGUGAACAUACGUAUAUUACGAAAGUAAUUGUCAAUUAGUUAUUACCGAACUGUGAUUAAAUUGAAUGCAUUGUAAUUAAUAUAAAGAUAUGUAUCUGCUCAUCUAAGGUGGAUGAGUCAACCAAAUUCACCGUCAAAUAGAAAGCAAUAAAAUUAAAGAAGAUUCCAUUAUAAUACAGUUGGAAUGUCAGUAUCACGAUCUCGUAGCAUUUUAUCACCCAACAACAGUGGUAACUUCGAAACGAGUAAUGGUAUAGCAAAUGGUAAUAGCGCUGGCAGCAGCGUUGGAGCUAGUUCUGGCGGUAGCAGCAGGAGCAGUGGCUAUGUUAAAGACCGGUACAUUGAGGAGCUGCCAUCACAACAAUUACGUUUGUUAUGUGAACAUUUGGAUGAAAUGCAAGUUUGGACGCAAUUGGCCGAAGUCAUGCAAUUAAGACCAGCCGAUGUGAAGUUUAUAAACCAACAACAAGAGUUGGGCAAAUCUCCAUCUUGGCAGUUGAUACGAAAGUGGGGUAUUGAAUGCAAGCAUACAGUCACUGAACUUUUUAUGCUCUUGUGGAAAAAUGAACAACAUCAUGCCAUGCGUAUGUUGAAGGACUUUGUGGAGCGCAAAUAUCAGCUCCUUAUACCACGGAGUCAACCACGGUUAACUAUGCUAAUGGCUAAUUCGAAUAUAAAACAGCUCAAUGGCCCCGUAAACUCUUCUUCAUCCGGUGUAAGUAAUUCCAAUAACAACACCUCAAUUUCCUCUUAUGAACAAACCGCACCUACAUCAACGCAACGCAUUGAACAAGAUGCGCGUGAAUUCGCUCGCUACAUGAUCGAAAUAAGCUACGAGGAAUUGACGGAAGCCACUGAAAAUUGGAGUGAGCAUUUAAAGCUUGGACGAGGUGGUUUUGGUACUGUUUAUAAAGGCACAUGGAAGUGUACCGAAGUUGCUGUCAAACAGUUACAAUACAAUGCAGUUAACGGCCGGGACAGCAGCAAAGUGCAACUACAGCAGAGUCUCAACGAACUAAAGCAUUUAAGCCGUUAUCGUCAUGACAAUGUUUUACCACUAUUUGGUUACUCGUUGAAUGGCGAAAAACCUUGUUUAGUAUAUCAGCUAAUGAAAGGUGGAACAUUGGAGCAGCGUUUAUACUCGAAAAAAGAAAAACCAUUGACUUGGAAGGAACGUGUCGAAAUUUGUCUCGGUGCAGCGCGUGGCAUCAAUUAUCUACACGUUUGUGAUAUUAAACCUCUUAUACAUGGUGACAUUAAGCCCGCAAAUGUGCUGCUUGAUGUUUGUUUGACACCUCGUAUAGGUGAUUUCGGAUUGGCCCGCGAAGGACCCGCUUCAGUAAGCCGCUCAGUAACUGUAUCGCAAAUUUACGGCACAAAACCAUAUUUGCCUCAAGAGUUUUUACGCGGCAAAAAGCUUAGCACAAAGGUAGACACGUAUAGUUAUGGCGUUAUGUUACUGGAGACAUUCACAGGCUUGCGCGCAAUUGACCAAAAUCGUAAACCAUAUUUGUUACCAGAAUAUAUAAAGGGUAUUCGCAAAGAUCAGUUUGGCGAUCUUAUCGAUGCACGACAACCGAUACAAAAUGGUGAACGGGACAUGUGUAAAAAUUUGAUUUUAUUAGGUUCGCAGUGUGUGGCCUUUGAAGCAGACGAUCGCCCAGAAAUGAAAUAUGUUUACGACACCAUAAAUAACUGUAAGAUAUAUCCCGAGUGAAAUGAAAAAAGGAUGAAGAAGAAAGAAGAGAAGAAAAUCAACACAAGUAUAUAUAUUUUGUGCCUUAAUUAAUGAAAUCCAAGUUUUUAAUAUUAUACAUUUGUUAGACGUAAGAUCUACAUAGUUAUAUACAAGAAGUUUCUCGCACUUAAAUGGAUUCGCCAUAUAUUAAAACUCUAAUUGCAUCACAAAUGAAUUAUAUAUUAAAAGUUUACAAUUUUUUGAUAACGUAUUUAUAUUUUUGAUAACAAGCUUUUUACAAUUUUGACUAAUAUUUUAAUUACCAGUAUGUGCACACAUACGUUAAUAGUCAUCUAAGUAUAUCUUUUCAGAUAGUUUAAAAAAUGCUGGUUAAAAAGGACUGUAAUUAAAGAAUUGCUUACAGAUUACUUUAUAACUAGUAUCAAGCACAAAUAGCUAAAUAUAUUUUUCCAUACAAGGAACAGGAGAUGUGAAUCGUCGUUUUAGGAUAAAAUAGUUUCCUUCUAGUUCAAAAUAGACUCAAAACUUUUAUAAUAAAAUUUUGAACUCAAUCUUUAUAAUCUCUGCAUUGAAAUAAAUCUUAAAAAUAUAAA